AUGAGGUUAUCAAAUACUCUUUUACUCUCACUCUCUGUCGCAAUAUCCAAUGGUGCCCCUCUACUAGAAAUUCGUGAGGAGAAAAAUUCUUCUUUACCAUACGUUAGAAUUUUUGGUACAGGUGGUACUAUUGCUUCCAGAGGUUCCUCCGGUGCAACAACUGCAGGAUAUAGUGUUGGAUUGACCGUUGAUGAUUUAAUACAGGCUGUUCCAUCCUUAGCUGACAAAGCCAACCUGGACUAUAUCCAAGUGGCCAACGUUGGUUCAAAUUCUUUGAACUAUACUCAUUUGAUUCCGUUGCAUCAUGGCAUCUCCGAGGCGCUAGCUUCUGAUGAUUACGCUGGUGCUGUAGUUACCCAUGGCACUGACACUUUAGAGGAGACAGCUUUCUUCUUGGAUUUGACGAUAAACUCAGAGAAGCCAAUAUGUAUGGUGGGUGCUAUGCGCCCAGCCACUGCAACGUCUGCUGAUGGCCCAAUGAAUUUAUACCAAGGGGUGUCUAUUGCUGCUUCAGAAAAAUCACAAGGUCGUGGUACCAUGAUAGUCCUCAACGACCGCAUUGCUUCUGGCUUCUGGACAACAAAAAUGAAUGCAAACUCGUUAAAUACGUUUGCGGCUGAUGAGCAAGGUUACUUGGGCUACUUUUCCAACGACGACAUUGAAUUUUACUAUCCGCCAGUGAAGCCAAAUGGGUGGCAUUAUUUUGACGUUUCCAACCUCACGGAUGCAUCAGAAGUUCCAGAAGUGAUUAUUUUGUACUCUUAUCAAAACCUGAAUCCUCAGCUCAUCGUAAAGGCCGUCAAGGAUCUGGGUGCAAAAGGUAUUGUUUUGGCAGGUUCCGGUGCUGGUUCUUGGACUGCCACUGGUGAUAUUGUGAACAGGCAGAUUUUUGAAGAGUAUGGUAUACCUAUCGUUCAUAGCAGAAGAACUGCAGACGGUACCGUUCCACCAGAUGAUGCCCCAGAAUACGCGAUUGGAUCGGGUUACUUGAACCCUCAAAAAUCGCGUAUCCUACUACAGUUAUGUUUAUACUCUGGCUACAGCAUGGAUCAGAUCAGGACAGUUUUCUCUGGUGUUUACGGCGGCUAG